AUGUCCGACGACGAUGACUCCAUGUCUGGCUCUGGAAGCGAAGAUCUCAGCACCACUGGACUCAUUGCGACCCGAGCAAAGCGUGCGACUGCGGGGAACUUGUACGCUACAUUACGGCAGAAUCUUGACGAUGAGGAACUGCAGAAAGAGCUGCUCGCCGAGGAUGAGGAAGACCAGGGAGACUAUCAAGGCUCAGAUAAGGAUGAUGACGAUGCCAUGUCAUCUUCGAGCGAUGAGGAUGAUGCAGGACCACCCAAGGAAGGCGAGAAGGAGGAUUUAGAGGGCGAGAAAGAGUUGAAGAAAGCGGAGCGCGCAGAGGCGAGGAAGAAGAGGAAGAUGGAGGAAGUCAAGAUGCGGUUACCGGCGUGGCAGAAAAAGAAGAAGGUCAAGUUGGCAGAUGAUUCGAAGGCAGAGGAUGGUGCGGCAGAAAGGCCUAAGAAGAAGAGCGAACGUUCGAACUGGUUACCCACUGCGGCGGAUGCGCCUAUACGCCAGUCGUCUCGUGCUUCAGCUAUCGCGAACAGAGAGAGCAUACAUGAGAAUCUGAAGGAGUCUUUGAUAAGAUCGGAGAAGCAGAAGAAGAUCAUGGCGAGGCACAAUGAGAGGACAACGGCAAACAAGCGGGCGGAUUUGACUCAGGAAGAGAGGCUAGCGAAGGCAGUCAGGAUCGAGAAAGAGACUGCACGAGAGUUUGGGCGAUGGGAGAGAGAAGAGGCGGAGAGGCAGAGGAUACGAGAAGAGCAGUUGGCAGCGAAGAGAAGGAGAGGCAUUGAUGGGCCUGUCAUGAGAUAUUGGAGUGGCAGCGUGAUGUGGGAGGGCGAGAAGAUCAAAAUCAAGAGGAUGCAUGGCAGCCAGAAUGUGGACGAGAUCAAAGACGAGCCCAAACCUGAAGAGAAGAAGGAUGAUCAAGGAGACGUCUCGAUGGCUGAUUCAGGGAACGAAAAGCAGGGGCAGAGUAUAGCAGUCUCUCAUCCUUCAUUGCCAGCGACUGUGGCCUACGAGACGCCUUCGAAUGAAGUUGGCGCUCCUGCUCAAGCCUCAGCUCCUGUUCCUGCUCAACCUCCACAGCCGCCACAGAAUCAAAUGGAAGUGGGCUGGCUAGCUGGAAUCCAGGAGUACGCUUCUCAGACAAACAACGCUGUGCAGGCUUCAUCAAAUCCCACCGGGUACAUGGCGAACCCCUACACCCCAAGCGCUCCCGCCAUCAACGCCGCGCCCAACCCUCCACCGCUUGCUCCUCAACCUGCGGCGGCACCUCUUUCCGGCACAAAUCCACCCUCGUCACAAACCCCGAUAUGUCACGCCUGGCCGCCUGGUUACCAAGAAUUCACCCUACAGCAGCCGACAGCACCUGCACCCCAACCAGAACCAGCACCAGCACCGCCUCUAAUCAAAGAACAAGCCCAGCGCUCACUCAUCAUGCUCGAGCAGUUCGAGAACCUUGAGAACACCACGACUUCCAAGCGCGGCGCUUCGAAAGCCUCGAAAGAUUCCUUGACCGACCCUUCACCUCUCGCUUCGACUCUUCUACCAUCUUCGUAUCCGUCUUUCACGCCCGAAGAGACACGAUAUCUCACCACGAAGAUGCGCAAGCGUGCGAAUGAUCUCUCGAUGCCUGUCGCGCCCACGAAAGCAAAAUGCGCGUUGACGUGCUGGCCUGCUAAGUUUAGGGAUCCGAAGACUGGACUGCCUUACCACGAUUUGCAGACGUUCAAGAUGGUGCAGCGGUUGCUGAUGGGAGGGUGUCAGUGGAGUGCUAUCCUGGGGGCGUGGGUUGGACCGCAUUAUGGUGCUACUGGGAGGGCGGCGAAGGGUGUGCCUGAGGGAUUUGGGGAGCCUGUGGCGGAGAAGAAGAAGGGUGAUGAGGGCAGUGAAGUCAAGGUUGAGGGAUGA